AUGUCUAUAUCCCAGGAAACGAGGAAUAUCGCCCUUAAAGCAGCAGGGGCCACAGUGGUCGCUAUUGCCGCAACCCACUUGUAUCAGUCACUUGAGGGAAUCGUCAAGAAGGGACUAGUGGAUGAUCCAGAACAAGUUGGUAAACUGGCUAUGCCUGAUGCACAGACGAAGUAUGAGGCAACGGAUGAAGACCCCUUUGCCUACGACUUCAUCAUAAUCGGAGGAGGGACUGCCGGGUCUGUUCUUGCAUCGAGGCUAUCUGAGCGACCAGAUUUCAAGGUGUUGUUACUUGAAGCAGGUUCAAGUGGUAUUGCUCUUCCUAUAUCUAAAGUUCCUGCAGCAUAUGGACAAAUCAUGCGCAGCAAACACGAUUGGCACCUGCAUACUACUCCACAAGCCGGAUGCAAUAAUCGAGAAUUGUUCUGGACAAGAGCCAAACUACUUGGUGGAUGCUCUUCCAGCAAUGCAAUGAUGUUUCAUUACGGAGCCGCAUCGGAUUAUGACGAAUGGGCAUCGGCCACUGACGAACCUGAGUGCAAAGAAUGGGCAUUCGAUCAAUUCCAUCAAUACUUCCAGAAAUUCGAAACCUUUCACCCACAUCCUGAUUUCCCGGUAGACGAAUCAAAGCGAGGGAAGCAGGGACCUGUUCAAACUGGCUUCUACGGCCAUUUCAGCAACGUGACUCGUGCUUGUGUUGCGGCAUGCCAGUCCAUCGGAAUUCCAUUCAAUCCAGAUCUAAAUACCGCCGAGGGAACACUGGGCGUUACGAAGAUCAUGACAUACAUAACUUCUACAUUAUCUCGGUGUUCUGCUGAAGCAGCAUACCUUACACCGAACGUUUUGGCUCGCUCCAAUCUCACCGUUGCAACAAAUGCCCAUGUGACGAAGAUAUUGUUCGAGGGCAAAAGAGCCGUAGGAGUUGAAUUUGCAAGAAACAAGAAUGCACCAAGGCAUCGCGCGAAAGCACGGAAGGAAGUGGUUCUAAGUGCUGGGGCGGUCCACACGCCGCAUAUACUCAUGAAUUCUGGAAUCGGACCUGAUAGUGAGCUCAAGAAGCAUAACAUUCAUGUCGUCCAUGAUCUUCCGGGUGUGGGUGAUCAUUUAAUGGAUCAUCCUAUGCCAUUACUCCGGUUCCGAACGCGCACAGGAGAGUCUUUGAAUUUCCUCAACCAGAAAAUAAACAAUGGUUUCUAUGCCAUGUUGAGAAGAUCCAAAGCCAUUACACAAUAUCUUUUAACGAAAUCCGGUCCACUAACGACCAAUGUAGCUGAAUCUGCCUGUUUCUUCCGCUCGGACGAUCCUAAGUUAUUUCCUGGGUUGCAACCUUUGGAUGAAGACUCCUCGUCUGGGCCCAUGACUCCAGAUUUGGAAUUGGUUUUUAUGCCCAUUGCAUUCAAAAAUCAUGGACUUGAAGUUGUUCCCGAAGGUGAUCUGAUGUCGAUUGGUACUAUUGCUCUCAGACCCACAAGUUUUGGUAGCAUUACCUUACGUAGUAAUGACCCAUUUGACCCUCCUGUUAUUGAUCCCAAGUACCUCAGUACACAACAUGAUGUUGAUGUUCUCGUAAGAGGCUUGCGGGUCGCACUGCGUUUGACUCAAGAAGAACCCCUGCGAAGCAUGUUGGAUCAGGCUGAUACAACUCCAGAGCUUGAUCUUAAGCUUGUGAACGCAGAUGAUGAAACCCUUGCCAAAGAAGUCCGGGCGCGAACCGAGACAGUUUAUCACCCUACUAGCACAGCGCGUAUUGGAUCUGUUGUUGAUGCGCGCCUACGCGUCUACGGAGUAGAAGGACUGAGAGUUGCCGAUUGCAGUGUUAUUCCAACAAUUAUUUCUGGACAUACGGAAGCUCCCGCUCUAGCAAUCGGGGAAAAGGCUGCUGAUAUUAUCAAGUCCAUGUACUCGGUCGUUUAA